AUGUUUCUAUCAUUUACAUUAACAAAAUGUUUAUUUUUAAUAAUAACAAUUUUAUUAAUUAUUCCUUUUUUAUUAUUAAAAUUAUUAAACCUUGACGAGGAUACAUCUUUUUACUUUUUAAGAAAAGCAAAGUUAUCUAAAGAUAUUAAACAUAAUUGGAAAUGGGGUGAUAAAUGUUUUAUUCAAUCAGAAAAUAAUAGGAUAUUAAUUUCAAUACAAAAAGAAUUAAUUGAAACAUCUAAAAAUUUAGAAAAAGUAAAUAAAGAAAUUGAAAAUAUAGAUAAAUUAUUAAUAAGUAAAAAAGAAGAACUAGAUAUACUAGAACAACAAAUUGAAGAAGCUAAAUUAUUACAAAAAGAAUUAAAUGAUAGGAGAAAUGUUAAGAUAUCUUUACCACUUAAACCAUUAUACCCUGAUUAUAAUAGAUUAAUAUUUAAAGAAAAAAAAUUAGAAAGUGAUUUUGAUACAAUAGAAAAAGUUUUUGAUUUUUCAAGAUGUUCUAUUUCUAAUGAUGUAAAGUUAUAUUAUAAUGAAACAAUUAAAAAUUUAUAUAGAACAGAUGAUCCAUACAAAGCAUGUGUUUUUAUUACUUUUAUAUCAAAAAAUAUUAAAGAUAUUAAAAUGCUUAAGUAUUGGAUGAAUAAUGGAAGAAAUCAUAUAAUAGUAGAUAUUGAAGAUUCAAAAAUUGAUUAUAGAGAAGCUGCAUUGGUUGUUGGAAGAGAUAUAAUUAAUUAUAGAAAAGGUGUUGAUUUUUUUACAUUUUUUCCUACCAUCAAAAAUAUGGAUAAAAUUAAUUUGGUGCCUUUAUUACCUCAUUCAAGAAAAUUUUUAAUUUCAUUUUCAGUAAAUAAAAAUUAUAUUGAUGAUUAUAGAAAAAAACUUUUAGAAAAUUUAAAAAAAUCUGCCAUCGCUUCUGAAGAUUUUAUUUUAAUUGAUUAUAAUUGUGCAUUUAGUAAUGAAGAAUGGGCCAAAUAUGGAUUAUGUGGUGAUAGAAGUUUUCGAAUUGAUAUUCUUAAGAGAACUGUAUUUACACUUAUUUUUCCUGAUCCAGAAUCAUAUAGUAUUCGGAUUGAGGAAGCUUUGUUAUCUGGUUCUAUUCCUGUAAUUUUGUCUAUGACUGAUCCGUUACCAUUUGAUGAUGUCAUUGAUUGGAGAACAGCUGCAAUUAGAAUACCAUUUAACAGAUUUCCAGAAUUACAUUUCAUACUAAAGUCAAUUAAUUUGGCAGAUAUUCUUGAAUUUAGAAGAAAGGGUAGAUUUUACCUAGAAAAUUAUUUAUUAUCACCAUCAUCUAUUAUUGAAACAAUAAUAUCAUCAUUAAGAUAUCGUACAUUAUCUCUUGGCCUUCCAAGUUUGGAAAUAAAAGCAAAACCAUUAUUUGGAAAUUUAUUUGUAUCACCAUCUCAAAGUCCUGUUCCAAAACCACAAAUGGAAGAGGAAUACUUAGGUCCCAUUGAAGCAUCUUUCGGAUCACCAUCAUAUACUCAUAAUUUUACCUCUUUUUCAUUAUAUUCAUAUGAUUUAUGGAAUAAUUUUCCCCAUCUUGUUCAUAAUACUCCGUCUUAUUUGAUAAAUCAUGCAAUUAUGCCAUCAGAAUCUGAAUUUUAUGAUGAAACAAAUAGUGGAUUCCGUCCAAUUUUACCAGGAUCAGGUGUAGAAUUUUCAAAAGCACUAGGUGGUAAUAGAAAUCGUGAACAAUUUACUGUAGUAAUUCUUACUUAUAAUAGAGAUCAAAUUUUAUAUUCAGCCUUAGAAAGACUUCAUCAAAUUCCAUAUUUAAAUAAAAUAAUUGUUAUAUGGAAUAGUAUAGAUCGAAAACCAUCAAAUAAUUGGCCUCAUUUACAUGUUCCUAUUGUUUUUAUUAAUGCUACAAAAAAUUCUCUUAACAAUAGAUUUUAUCCCUAUGAUCAAAUAGAAACAGAAGCUGUUUUUUCAAUGGAUGAUGACAUUGAUAUUAAACAACAUGAAAUAAUAUUUGCAUUUAGAGUUUGGAGAGAACAACGAAAUAAAAUUGUUGGUUUUCCAGCAAGACAUCAUGCAAAAUAUGGAGAUAGUAUGUUUUAUAAUAGUAAUCAUACAUGCCAAUUAUCAAUGAUUUUAACUGGUGCUUCUUUUAUUCAUAAGUCAUAUUUUAUUGCCUAUACAUUUACAAUGCCAAAACAAAUACGUGAGAAGGUUGAUGAGUUCAUGAAUUGUGAAGAUAUAGCAAUGAAUUUUUUGGUUUCUCAUUUAACAAGACAACCACCAAUAAAAACAACAAGUAAAUGGACUUUAAGAUGUCCAAAUUGUCCAGAAACUUUGUCAUCCGAUGAAUCUCAUUUUACGGAAAGACAUGAAUGUAUUCGAUUUUUUACAAAAAUAUAUGGCUACAACCCGCUCCUUUUUACGCAAUUUCGAGUCGACUCAGUAUUAUUUAAAACACGUCUACCACUAAAUCAUCAAAAAUGUUUUCGUUAUGUUUAA